AACACCUCUGGUGUGGCGGGUCGGCCAACUGAUGAGCGGGCGGGCGAAUGGGCAGGGCUUCUUCCUCGGCUUCGUCUGCUUCAGGGGCCCAGGUCUGUUCAAUGCCCUCGACGGUCUUGGCGGCGGCGGUGAGAUCAGCAGUGCCAUCUACGCGACGUUCGCCUUCACCGCUUUCUUUGCCGGGUGCGUGCGCCGACGCCCUGUGCUCGCGUCGCUGGGUGCUCACCGCGAUCCUCUAGCUCGAUCAACAAUGUCCUUGGCCCGCGCCUCACACAUCUCAUUGGGAGCAGCGGCUACGCCCUGUACAUCAGCUCUUACCUGUGCGUCCUCCCCGCGUCACUGACCGACCGGCCAGAC